UUUUUUAAUUAAAAGAAAAACAUUAUGGUACUUUGUUCUAUGUUUUCUUCCAGAGCUUGUAGAUGACUUGUUUUUGUUAAUUAAGAAGUACUCAAGUGCAGUUUUAGAUGUGGAAAGCUCGUUUCUCUCAUGGUUCUGGGGGUUUUGUGCUUGAUUUUGGAGGGUUUGGUGCUUAAUUAAAGCUUUAUUUGGUAGUUCGUAGUUCGAGUUUCUGGGGCUCUUUUUUGGCCGUUGAUUCCGGAGGGUUUGGUGGUUGAUUAAAAGCUUUGUUUGGUAUGUGGGUUGCUCUUAAUUGGAACCAUGGUUGUGUUGGUGUAUUGUUUCUGGACUCUUGGGGAAGAAGUGAAGCUGAUUAGUUGAAACUUGGGGUUGAUUCAAUUAUGGGUCUUGAGCGCUGAUUUUGUUACUGGAAUCGGAUUUAAAUUUCCGGGGUUGUGCUUCUUUGGUAGGGGGUUUAACUAGUGGAUUUGGAUCUUUUGGAAUUUAGUGUUUGAUUCAUGGAGGCUAGAUUUGGAGAUGGAGCUCAUCAUAUAUAUGCUAUGAGUGCUGCGGAUUUACGGGCUGUGGGGAAGAGGAAUUCGGAGUGGGAUUUGAAUAACUGGAAAUGGGACGGGGAUCUUUUUAUUUCUCACCAAUUGAAUCCGGUGCCGUCGGAUAGUGUGGGCCAGCAGUUUUUCCCACUAGGGUCUGGGAUUCCGGUGACUGGGGGCUCAUCGAAUAGCUCAUCAUCAUGUUCUGAUGAAGUGAAUCUGGGAGCUGAGAAAGGGAAGAGGGAAUUGGAGAAGAGGAGGAGGGUUAUUGUAGUGGAAGAUGACAAUUCGAACGAUGAAGAACCGGGUAACCUUACUUUGAAGCUUGGUGGACAGGGUUUUCGGGUACCUGAGAGGGAAGUAGGAAAUUGGGAGGGAACGAGUGGAAAGAAGACUAAGUUUGCUGGGGGUACUUCAAACCGUGCUGUUUGUCAAGUGGACCACUGUGGAGCUGAUCUGAGCAAUGCCAAGGAUUAUCACAGGCGGCACAAGGUCUGUGAGAUGCAUUCCAAGGCCGGUAAGGCACUUGUGGGAAACAUCAUGCAACGAUUCUGUCAGCAGUGUAGCAGGUUUCAUGUACUUCAAGAGUUUGAUGAAGGGAAGAGAAGUUGUCGAAGGCGUUUGGCUGGCCAUAAUAAACGGAGGAGGAAAACAAAUCCUGAUACUGUUGUUAAUGGAAGUGCACUGAAUGAUGAUCAGACUAGUGGUUACUUAUUGAUUAGUCUAUUGAGGAUACUUUCCAACAUGCACUCCAACAGAUCAGACCAAACCACAGAUCAGGAUCUGCUGUCUCAUCUUCUAAGGAGCAUUGCCAGCCAAGCCAGUGAACAUGGGGGGAAAAACAUAUCUGGGAUUUUGCGGCAACCUCCUAAUUCACUAAAUGCUGGGACUCCACUUGGAAACUCCGAGUUGGUUUCUACGCUACUCUCAAAUGGUCCUCAAGGCCCUCCAGGGCCUUUUAAACAACAUCACCCUGUACCUGGAGCUGAAAUGCCACGGCAAGGCCUGUGUGUAGAUGAUGCUAGGGAUGGGGAAAUACAAACUACCUCUUCUUCAAAACCCUGCAUUCUGAACAGUCCUCCAGCUUACUCAGAAGUCAGAGACAGUACUGCAGGGCGGAACAAGAUGAAUAAUUUUGACUUGAAUGACACAUACAUUGACUUAGAUGAUGGGAUGGAGGAUGUAGAGAGGUCGCCUGUCCCUCUGACAGUGGGGACUAGCUCCCUUGACUCUCAUCAGUCAAGUCCACCUCAAACCAGUGGACAUUCAGAUUCAGUGUCUGCCCAGUCACCUUCAAGUUCAAGUGGAGAUGCGCAGAGCCGCACAGACAGAAUUGUAUUUAAACUAUUUGGGAAAGAUCCAAAUGAUUUGCCUUUUGUACUGCGAGCACAGAUUCUUGACUGGUUAUCGCACAGUCCUACUGACAUUGAGAGCUAUAUUAGGCCUGGUUGUAUCAUUCUGACAAUUUAUCUACGACAGGCUGAGGCUGCAUGGGAGGAACUUUGCUAUGACUUGAGUUCCAGUUUGAAUAGGCUUCUGGAUGUCUCAGAUGACUCUUUCUGGAGAACUGGAUGGGUUUAUAUAAGGGUGCAGCAACAAAUAGCCUUUAUUUACAAUGGUCAGGUUGUCAUAGACACAUCCUUACCUCUCAGAAGUAACAAUUAUAGUAAAAUAUUAAGUGUCAAACCUAUUGCGAUAUCAGCAUCUGAGAGAGCUCAAUUUUUAGUGAAAGGCAUUAACCUCACUCGGCCCGCCACAAGGUUACUCUGUGCACUCGAUGGGAAUUAUUUGGUUGUGGAAAAUACUCAUGAUUCUACAGAAAACCUUGAUUACUUCGAGGGGGAUGAUGAGCUCCAGUGCAUCAACUUUUCUUGCUCUAUUCCUGCAGUGAAUGGAAGAGGAUUCAUUGAGAUUGAUGAUCAUGGCCAUAGCAGCAGCUUCUUUCCUUUUAUAGUUGCAGAGGAGGAUGUUUGCUCAGAGAUCCGUGCCCUUGAGAGUGCAUUGGAGUUCCAUGAAACGAAUGCAGAUUUUGGGGAAGCUGGGAGAAUGGAAGCAAAAAAUCAAGCGUUGGAUUUCAUCCAUGAAAUAGGUUGUCUUCUUCAUAGAAGUCAGUUGAAAUCUAGAUUGGGUCACUUGGAUCCUAAUGCAGACCUCUUUCCUCUUAAACGGUUCAAGUGGCUCAUGGAGUUCUCAAUGGACCAUGAUUGGUGUGCUGUAGUGAGAAAACUACUGGGCAUCUUGCUUGAUGGACCUGUGGGUACAGGAGAGCAUCCUUCCUUGAAUCUUGCAUUUGUGGAGAUGGGUCUCCUUCACAGAGCUGUAAGGAGAAAUAGUAGGGCACUGGUGGAGCUUCUUUUAAGAUAUCAAGUUUCAGAUGAAUUGAGGUCAGAAAACAAGGCACUGGUUGGUGCAGGCGAUGGAAGCUUCUUGUUUAGACCAGAUGUUGUAGGCCCUGGAGGUUUGACACCACUUCACAUUGCAGCCGGUAAAGAUGGUUCUGAGAAUGUAUUGGAUGCCCUAACUGAUGAUCCCAAAAUGGUGGGAAUUGAAGCAUGGAAGAGUGCUCGUGACAGCACAGGUUCCACACCAGAAGAUUAUGCUCGCUUGCGUGGCCAUUACUCGUACAUCCACCUUGUGCAGAGGAAAAUUAACAAGAGAUCUGCAGCAGGGCAUGUGGUGGUCGAGAUUCCGAGUGUUCUCGCAGACUGCAGUGCAAAUCAGAAGCAAAAUGAUGAGCUGACAAGCAGCUUUGAGAUUGGAAGGGCUGGAUUGAGACGAAAUCAGCAGCAGUGCAGGGUUUGUGAUCAAAAACUGGCUUAUGGAACAAGAAGCAGGUCUUUGGUGUACAGGCCUGUAAUGCUGUCAAUGGUAACCAUUGCUGUGGUGUGUGUCUGCGUGGCACUUCUCUUCAAAAGCUCACCUGAAGUUCUGUAUGUGUUCCGCCCCUUCAGGUGGGAACUGUUGGACUAUGGGACAUGCUGAGGUGCAUUAACCCUGAUUCUCAUAAAUAUGUGAUAGGUGUUUGUAAUUGUAAUUCUAUGCGUUUUAUAUAAACUGUACGUAGAGGAGAUUUCCUGUACAACCCAAGCUUUGGUUGGGUCUCGGGUGGAAUAAUAUUAUUGACAUACUUACAGUGUUCACUGUCCAGUGUACUCUCCCUCAGGCUAUCAUCUAUAGUGUUUAUUCAAAUAAGUGCAUUCUAUUC